AAUGUUUGCCAAGACAGGAGAGGGAGGACAGUGUCAGCUGGAGAGUGAGACACCUAGAAGCAGAACCAAACGACUGGGUUCUGUGAUCAAAAUAAACCCUAAAAACCCUGAAAUCGGAUUCAAAUCGCAGAAAGAAUGAAAAAUAUACCAGUGAUUCUGCUGGGUUGUGGAGGGGUUGGGCGUCACCUCCUCCAACACAUUGUCUCUUGCAGAUCCCUCCACGCCAAACUGGGAGUGCGGUUGCGAGUUGUGGGAGUUAGUGACAGUAAAUCCUUGCUUCUUGCAUCAGAUGUGUUCACAAGGGAGUUAGACGAUACCUUUUUGAAUGAAGUCUCCCGGGUGAAGUUAGGAGGUUCUUCAUUGAAGACGCUUAGUAGUUUCGUAAAUGAAUGCCAAGUAUUUGCAAAUUCGGAAGCAACAAGAACAGUUAUAGAUACUGCAACUCGCCUGAGUAAAUCAACAGGGUUGGUUGUUGUUGAUUGCUCUGCCAGUUCUGAGACUAUGGGAGUGCUAAAUCAAGCGGUUGAUUUAGGUUGUUGCAUUGUCCUGGCAAAUAAGAAGCCUCUUACUGCUGCAAUGGAUGAUUAUGACAAACUGGUUGCUCACCCACGUCGCAUUCGGUAUGAGUCAACUGUUGGUGCUGGCCUCCCUGUCAUAGCAUCUUUGAAUCGCAUACUUUCAUCUGGAGAUCCCAUACGUUGCAUUGUUGCUUGUUUAAGCGGCACUUUGGGAUAUGUGAUGAGUGAGGUCGAAGGUGGAAAGCCAUUCAGUCAAGUUGUUAAGGAUGCCAAAAGCUUGGGCUAUACUGAACCAGAUCCGCGUGAUGACCUAAGUGGGAUGGAUGUUGCAAGAAAGGCGUUGAUCCUAUCUAGACUUCUUGGAAGGCGGGUUAACUUAGAUAGCCUUAAGAUUGAAAGCUUGUACCCUGAAGAAAUGGGACCUAACAUGAUGUCUUUGGAAGACUUUUUGAGCAGUGGGCUCUUGUUGCUUGAUAAUGAUAUCCAAGAAAGAGUUCAAAAGGCUGCGUUAGAUGGGAAGGUGCUUCGUUAUGUCUGUGUUAUUGAGGGCUCAAGGACUGAAGUUGGCUUACGAGAGCUUCCUAAAGAUUCUCCUUUGGGAAGACUAAGAGGAAGUAAUAAUAUUCUAGCGAUAUACAGCCGGUGUUAUAAUGAACAACCUUUGGUUAUUGAAGGUGCUGGAGCAGGAAAUGAUACUACAGCAGCCGGUGUCCUAGCUGAUAUCCUUGAUAUUCAGGAUCUGUUUGCUUGACAUGAAAUCUCUGUUGCUUAAAGUGGAAGAAACUGAAAACCAAAGUUUCAGGUAAGCCAUUUCCUAAUGUGGCCAAGAAAACACAUUGUAGAAAAUAUUUAUUGUCAUUUUUCUAAUGGGAAACUACUAAUUGUAAUUAGCUUGAGAUGGGCAUGUGCAUGUAUGAAGAGAAGUAGUCUAGUGGUUCAAAAUUUGUGAUAACACAUUGAAGCUGAUGGUGUUGGUCUAUUUGAACAUAAUCCUUUUUGUAUCCAAGAAGGCAUAAACAUAAAUUUUUGAGUUUGAAGUACAUGGAUUUGGUGA